AUGAUAAAAGAUAUUCUACUAAAUAUUAUAAAACCAAUUAUUUUUUUAUAUCAAUUCUUCCAUAGAAUUUUUUAUUCAGGUUUAAAUCAAAGAUCAAUUUGGGGGUUAUGUUUAAAUUUUUUUAUAAAUUUUAGUCCUAUUUUUAUAUGGUUAUUAAUUUUUAAAAAUGCUGGAUUAAUUCCUCAUGAAAUUAGACCUAAAAUACAUGUUUCUUUACCUUUUUAUGUUGAUCAAUAUAUGUUUCAUAGUUUAAUUGGUAGUUUAUUAACUAUUAUAUUAUUAAUACCUAUUUCAAUUUUAAUUUAUAUUGGAAUUUUUAAAUUUAAAAAUUCAAAUUUACAAUUAUUUGAAGAAAAAAUUGAAUAUAUACCGACCAGUUGUAAUACAAAUCAAUUACAAGAUGAAGGAGAAGAAGAAAAAUAUAAUAUAUCAUCUACAUCCACAUCAUCAUCAUCUUCCUCCUCCUCAUCCUCCAACUCAUCAUCAUUUGAUAUAGAAAUGGGUCUUUUAGAUCAAUAUCUGACUGAUGAAGAAGAACAAGAAAAAGAAUCCACCAUCACAAAUCAAGAAGAAAAUAAAAUUAAUAAUUAUUUAUCAACAAUUAAAUUAUCCACAACUAAAAAUUUUCAAGAUAGCGCAUACUUCAAAGAUAUAACAUUUUUCAAAACAUUAUCAACACAACAAAUAAAUCAAAUGGCAUUAAAAAUAAAUAAAAAAAUAUUAAAAAAAAAUUUAAAAAUUCCAUCAAAAGCAUGGGUAAUGGCACCUUCAUUUUUAAUUUUAAGUUCAUGGUUUAUAUUAAAUUUUGAUUAUUGGUUAAAAGAUCCAAUAAGAACAUGGAAAGAUUUAUUAGCUUGGACAUCUUAUGUAUUAGGUCAUAUAACAGUUCCAAUAAUAACAUCAGUAUAUUUAUAUGUAUUUCAUGCUCCAGGAGUUUUGAAAUCUUAUAGUAUUGCAUUAGGUUUACAAAAUAUUUGUGGUGUAUUAACUCAUUUAUUAUUUCCUUGUUCUCCUCCUUGGUUUAUUCAUUUAUAUGGUUUAAACUCAGAAGCAAAUUAUGAAAUGCCUGGAUAUGCAGCUGGAUUAAUUAGAGUUGAUGUUACUUUGGGAACUCAUUUAAAUUCAAAGGGGUUCCAUGCUUCUCCAAUUGUAUUUGGUGCUAUACCUUCAUUACAUUCAGCAAUGGCAUGUAUGACAUUUUAUUUUAUAUCAUUUUAUUCAAAUUUUUUAAUUUUAAAAAUUUUAGCUUUGGGUUUUGUUAUAUUACAAUGGUGGGCAACUAUUUAUUUAGAUCAUCAUUGGAGAUUAGAUUUAUUUAUUGGAUUAAUUUAUUCAACAAUUUGGUUUUCAAUUAUAUAUAAAUUUAUGUUAAUUAAGUAUAAUAAAAAAUUUUUGGAACUGAGAUUAAAUUUUAAAUUUGAAAAUGGUGGUAGUACUAUGGGUAUGAGAGUUUUUAGAAAUACUUGUAUACAAUGGUUUUUUGAUCCACUUUAUUAA